UCAUCGGGCGGCGACCGCAAGAAUCUGGUGUCGGUGUCGUUGGCUCAGGUGAUCCACUUGACCACCAAAGACGACGGACUGGUGGUUCACCGGCAGAAAGUGCACUCUUUGGUGGCCAUCGGACUCGUGCUCAACAUCGAGGAGUUGGUGACGAAAAACAUUUACCGCAUCGACGACCAGACCAGAGGUGCGCCCAUCGAAGUGCAGUACUGGAAGAAUGACGACAACGACUCCUCAAACAGCCGAUAUGUGGCGCCGCCGCCCAUAAUGGAGAAGACAUGGGUCCGAGUGACCGGACAGUCCAGAUAUGACGACAAGAAGCCAUUCAUCGUCGCCUUCCGCGUGGAGCCAAUCCUCGACCCGAACGAGAUUUAUAUGCAUUUCCUGGAAGUGAUCGCCGACUCGAUGGUACUUCAGAAGCGCAAAAUCGAGAGCCUUUCCAGUGGAGGCGCCGGUGGAGUGAUCAAUGAGAGCCGAUCGAUGGGCGCCCCCACCACUGGCAUCAGUGUGGGAGGCAGUCAUAUGCAGGGCUUCUCCGCCAUCCAGAAGACUGUCCUCAAUCUGAUCACCAAAAUGAGUGAGCAGUCGAGCGCCGGUAUUCAUCGCUCG